AUGCUCAUUUCCUUGAUUUCAACGGCAGCCAUCGCUGCUAUGGCCGUUGCCUCGCCUCUGGAGGUUCGAAAGCACGAGGAUCCUAACACAGGCUUGACUUGGAUCUAUAAAGAUCCGACUCUGCCAAAAGUCAUGCUCUAUAAUACUGGAGAUGGUACCAUUCUGGCCGGUUCAGCUUACGGACGUUUAGACAGCAUCAACUAUGGUGGUGGCUCAGGCCGCUUGACUCCUGAAGGUCUGAUUGCAACUGUGAGCGAAGUUCUUGACAUUGCUCAAAUCGCGGUUCGAAACAUAAGUCAUACCAGCAGCUCCGAUGCAGAUUCAGACAGGUUCCUGAAUAUUUCUAUGGAUGCAACUAAGCGGCUGUGCUCCCACGACUCGGACAUCGCUUUUGGUGUUGAUCUCACGUUGAACUGCUCUAAGCCAUUUGUUGCGACUGGUUUUAUGCGUCCCAACUCAGCCAUCUCAGCUGACGGACCACGUAACUUCUACGAUGCUGUGCGCACUGCGAUCCAUCCCGAGGCGCGUGAUCGUGGAGCCCUAAUUGCUUUUAAUGAUCACUUGGUAUCAGCUUUCUACGGCACUAAGACUAACGGCAACACUGUCUCAACCUUUUUGGCGUUGGAUCAAGGGUAUAUUGGUCAAGUCCUUGCUGGCCAGCCCUACUUUUUCUUCGGACCUCCUAUGCCUAAAGCACGCCACUAUUUCGAUCCAUUUGCCGUUUCUCACCCUCUUCCCAAAGUGGUUGUUCUUUAUGGUCAUCAAGGCUUCGACGCCGGUUUACUUUAUGCUGCCGCUAAGGAUGGCGCCAAGGGAAUUGUCAUCAUGGGUGUUGGGCCGGGUGGGUUGAGUACAGCCGCUACUGAAGCUGCCAAUGACCUUUACGCCAAGGGAGUCGUCACAGUCGCCUCGCUUCGCCCCUUCUUCGGCGCUGUGGUUCCCAACCCUCAAAUCAGCAACAUUAUCAGCUCUGGCUUCCUGCAUGGCGAGCAGUCCCGUAUCCAGCUUCAGCUCGCCCUUGCCACGGGUCACGAUGUUGACGGUAUCCGGAAGCUGUUUGAAGGUGAUAUCCGCAAAGCCGUGUAUACCAACGCCACCUCCUAUUAUAACUUUGCAACGCUGUAA